GUUGUUACAGCAAAUUGCUCAACUGGAUUGGAUUGGAUUGGAUUCGAUUAGCUUCACUCUUUUAAUCUUAUUUCAUUUCAUUGAUAUAACCGAGAGAAAAUCCUCCGAUAACGCCAUUGUCGCGCUUUUCUUCACUUUCUGUUUCAACUACGAACUUCUUUGUUGGUGACUAAAUGGCGAUCCGAAGAGCUAUGUCUGGUCGCAUCAUGGAUCGGACGGCCGUCGUUGGUGCGCGAUACAUGUCAUCGUGGUGGCGUAGCGUUCAACCCGCUCCCAAGGAUCCUAUUCUUGGUGUUACGGAGGCUUUUUUGGCCGAUCAAAGUGCCGAUAAAGUUAAUGUUGGAGUCGGUGCUUACCGUGAUGAUAAUGGAAAGCCAGUUGUUUUGGAAUGUGUUAGAGAAGCCGAGCGAAGGAUUGCUGGGAAUUUGAACAUGGAAUAUCUUCCUAUGGGAGGAAGCGUGAAGAUGGUGGAAGAAACACUGAAGUUGGCCUAUGGUGAGAAUUCUGAGUUGAUAAAAGAAAAAAGGAUAGCAGCAGUUCAAGCUCUGUCUGGGACUGGUGCAUGCCGACUUUUUGCAGACUUUCAAAAGCGUUUUUGUCCUGACUCCCAAAUCUAUAUACCAGUCCCUACUUGGGCCAACCACCACAACAUUUGGAGAGAUGCUCAGGUCCCUCAGAAAACCUACCAUUAUUAUCACCCAGAGUCGAAGGGUCUAGAUUUUGCAGCAAUGAUAGAUGACAUUAAGAAUGCUCCAAAUGGCUCAUUCUUUCUACUUCAUGCAUGUGCUCAUAACCCCACUGGUGUGGAUCCUUCAGAGGAGCAGUGGAGAGAAAUCUCACACCACAUCAAGGCAAAAGGUCAUUUUGCCUUCUUUGACAUGGCGUAUCAAGGCUUUGCUAGUGGUGACCCAGAGAAAGAUGCAAAGGCCAUCAGGAUUUUUCUUGAGGAUGGUCAUCACAUAGGAAUUGCACAAUCAUAUGCAAAAAACAUGGGACUCUAUGGCCAGAGGGUAGGAUGCCUCAGUGUGCUUUGUGAAGAUGAAAAACAAGCAGUAGCUGUAAAAAGUCAACUGCAACAGCUUGCGAGACCUAUGUACAGCAACCCACCUGUUCAUGGUGCUCUCAUAGUUUCAACCAUUCUUAGUGAUCCAGACUUGAAGAAACAAUGGCUGAAAGAAGUUAAGGUCAUGGCUGAUCGCAUAAUUGGAAUGCGAACUGCUUUACGAGGGAACCUUGAAAAGCUCGGUUCUCCAUUAUCAUGGCAGCACAUUACUAAUCAGAUAGGAAUGUUUUGCUAUAGUGGGUUGACACCAGAACAAGUGGAUCGCUUGACGAACGAAUUUCACAUCUAUAUGACUCGCAAUGGUCGAAUCAGUAUGGCUGGUGUUACAACGGGCAAUGUCGAAUAUUUGGCAAAUGCGAUUCAUGAAGUCACAAAAUGAGGUUAGAAUCAUAGCUGAUAUUGAUCCUUCAAAAGAUUUUUGGUGUGUUUGUAAGGACAAUUAAAGGAGCAUUGAUAGAAGCUGAACUUAAGGUUUCUGCAUUGAAUAAAUACUAUGACUAGAAUAGGAAAGAGGUAAAGAUUGGAUCUGUACCUGAUUUGGCCUACAAAGGAUGGAUAGUUCAUUUCCUUACUAGUUACAACUUUUAAUAAUUCAAGCAACUCGUAUGUAUCUUUGCUUGAGAAACAAAACAAUGUAACUAAUUAAUGCCAAUUCCGUUCAUUUCUCUA